AUGCCUAAGGCGAUUGUUAUGGACCGCGAUACCGCUUUGAUGAAUGCAGUUGCAAAGGUAUUUGCUUCUUUUAAUGCAUUACUUUGUCGAUAUCACAUAGCAUGUAAUAUGAGAAGUAAGGUUAAACCCGCUGUGGGGGUGAAACAAGUAGAGACCGAAGGUGGUAAACCGGUGAAGCCCGAAGUGGUUGUUGACCAAAUAAUGGAUGCAUGGGCAUGUAUUGCAAGCUCUUCGACAAAAGAAUUAUACGCCGAUGCCGUGAAAGAGAAGUUUGUUUGUGCAUGGAUUAAUAAUGUCCGACACCUUGGGAAUACAACCACCAAUAGAGUUGAGUCGGCACAUGUUACUUUGAAAAAUUGGUUGGGUAAUAGCAAGGGUGAUUUGUGUCGAGAUUGGGACACCGUAAAUCUCAUGAUUAAAAACCAACACAAUGAGAUACAAACCUCGUUCGGUCAGAGAAUUAUUAUGUUGGAGCAUCGAUUUAAGGACAACAUCCUUUACUCUCAAUUGAUCGGCAAUAUGUCUCAGGCCAGAUUGAACUAUAUCUUUCACGAGGCCAAACGAGGUGAAACUUUUGGUGGCGAUAGCGCAAAAUGUAGUUGCACUAUUACUAUGACGUAUGGUCUCCUGUGUGCUUGUGUUAUUACUAAAAAGGAUAGACUAGGCGAGCCAAUAAGAAUGGAUAAAGUCACUCCUCAUUGGAAGAGACUUAGUUUUGAUGAUGAUGGUUACAUCGAAGGAGAAAAAUCGAAUAUCUAUAUUACUUCCGAAUUGGAGACGAUACAUGAGAGUUUUUCGAAGGCCGAUGACAACAUGAAACUAUACAUCAAAGAGCACUAG